AUGUGCCACCGAGAGACCAUGAUCAAAAAUGCAGACAUGUCGGAAGAGAUGCAACAGGACUCAGUGGAGUGCGCUAUUCAGGCACUGGAGAAAUAUAACAUAGAGAAGGAUAUUGCAGCUCAUUUUAGGAAGGAAUUUGACAAGAACAAUCCCACCUGGCAUUGUAUCGUGGGGAGGAACUUCGGUAGUUACAUGACACGUGAAAUCAAACACUUCAUCUACUUCUACCUGGGCCAAGUGGCCAUUCUUCUGUUCAAAUCUGGUUAAAA